UGGAUUAAAGACACUUCGAGCCCAACUCGGUAUAUGUCUCGCUUUUCUCAAGGGCCUAGCUCAGCGAGCAAGUGGCAAUACAAGCCUCGCAACUUCAUUUCCUAGUAUUUCACUUUCAUUUUUUUUCCGCAUUGAUAACCGCCCACAGCCAUUUGGAUUGUUUCCGUAAACUCCACCCAAUAUGGCUGAUCAUCUCUCUUUGACUCCCUCUGGAUCUUCGGACACCGUCAUGGAAGGACAUUCCCGGGUAACUAAGAUGGCGGCUCUUAGUUUUGGCACAUCGCCAGAUCUUGCUGGUUUGGACCGUAUAGACCGUGUAGACCGCAGUAUGGAUAUGAAUCUUCCGUUUCGCGCCGAUCGAAACCACCCCGAUUCCUACGGACCUAGACAGGGUGUGAACCGUUUGGCUUUGUGGUACCAUAGGAAUGAUGGGCCUUGGACGCCCCCUGGCUUGACGUCCCCCCAGAGUGAUCUCAGGAAUCCAUCUAUCAUAGGUAACCUACGGGGUAGUCCGCUGGGGUUUUCCAGUCAAUACCGGGAGAGUAUAGUGCCGUCGGAAUGCGAUACGGUACCUCCGGGAGUGAUACCCUCUGAUUCCGGAUAUGGUGGGAGUUAUGGAGCCAAGCAUAGUGUUGCCAAUGGAUCCGUCUGUGAGGAGUCGUUGGAACGGAACCCGGAGACCCAAAGUCUCAUUGGACACAUAGGUGAACUGAAUUUUCGGUCUUACAAUCAAGACAUGGUGUCCAAAGGCGGAAUAAAUCCAGAAUCCGCCUGGCCUUCCCUUCAACAACCGCACCCGUCAUCCUCCUCGUCAGCCAUUGACCAUCAAAUCAACCUCGAAGGGAAUAGGAUUUGUGAAGUCUGCCACAAACUACUCAAGACGAAGUCUGAGCUCAAGAAACACAAGCAGAGGCAUGAUAAGCCUUUUAAGUGUAAUGUAAAUGGCUGUACUCGUCGUGAGGGCUUCAGUACGCCAAAUGAUCUUGAUAGGCACAAGCGAAGCCUACAUCCAGAUGAGGGUGCCAGUGGCAGCCGCUAUCGAUGUCCAGUAGGCGCUUGCAAACACAAAGACAAGAUAUGGCCCCGUGCCGAUAAUUUUCGGGCUCAUAUGAAGCGUGUUCACCAAAAAGAUUCGAUAUCAGACGAAGAUUUGGAUCAAUACAAGAUCAGGCCAACGCUUUCACCCAAAGAGGGUUUCAGCUCAGUUCGCGAUAGCACAGCCCAUGGAUUUGAUAGAUUUAGUGUGUUUCCUGUUGGAAAUACCAGCUAUGCUUCGGAAAACUCGAGACUACCCCGAAGCCCAGUCAUUGAACUGUCUACGGAAGCAAGUCCCGUGGAAGGUCGUGACCAUAGUCAACCUGAAGCGGCCUCAACCGUGAAUAAAUUCGCAAGCGAAGACCACUUACGCAUACCCAAUAAUUCCGCCGUUGGAGACGUGCGUCCGGAGAAUAACGACAUAUAUUUCGAUAAACAAGCAGUAACAUCGAACCAACCCUUAACUACACCUAACUCUGCACUUGAUGAUACCAAGGUCGUGAAACCAAGACUAUUAAAAGAAAGUGAUUCCGACCUCAAUUCAGUGAACUCGGAUUCUGAAUUGGAUGGUAACGUAAAACCCUUGGGCCAUUACAAAACGGAUACGCUCAAUGAACCCCAGAAUUUCCCAGGUGUCUCAUCCAAUGAGGGCUCCGAGCCUCAUGGGGAGUUAGAAGUGUCAAUUGACAUCAACGAGAAGAUCCAUGCAUUUCCUGGGGCAAGAGAUCUUGAGAUGGGGGACAUAGAUCUGACGAAUCGCGAUAACGUAGCGAAAAUACUUGAAAAACUUCAAAGCAAUGGUAUGCUUGAAAAACUCGGGUACAAAAGGGGGAAUCCACCGGACCCGGAGACUACAAAAGAAGAACCGAUUGGCAACGUCCCAUCCGAGGCAGCUCACGCCUGUCCUACAUGCCACAAAAGCUUUAGCCGACGUUGCGAAUUGAAAAAGCACGAAAAGCGGCAUUUAAAGCCAUACGGUUGCACAUUCCCAGGAUGUGACAAGAAGUUCGGUAGCAAGAACGACUGGAAGCGCCAUGAGAACAGCCAACAUUAUAUGUUGGAGCACUGGAGAUGCGAUGAGAAAUUUUCCGACGGCCCUUCCAAAGUCUGUGGAAAGUCAAUAUACCGACGUGAACUGUUCAAACAACAUCUUAACACAGUACAUCACAUUAGCAACCAAGGAGCCUUAGAAGCCAAACUCGAAAUGUGCCGCGUGGGGCGGAACUGCGAAGCUCGCUUUUGGUGUGGUUUCUGCUACGAAAUAAUCGAAAUCAAGAAGGAAGGUAUAGAGGCCUGGACCGAACGGUUCAACCAUAUAGAUGAUCAUUUUCAUGGGCGCAAUAACCUACCACAAAGGCAUAUCAGUGAUUGGGAAAAUGAAUGUUCACACCUCUCAAGGCCUCAGGAGUCAACACCAGACGAUACCGGCAACUCUAGAGCCACUAUGUCUGCGCCAGCUUGCUCGACCGAUACUUCUAAUAUGCAAGGCCAGCACGAGCUUGAGAAGCAGCAUAUAAAGCAGAAGAGGAAGAGGGACGAUGGGCGUGAUGCGCUUGUUUCAAAGCGCGUCGAAACAUUACAAGAGAUGCCCAGGCGUAAUUGUUGUACUACAGUUUCUUGCCAACAUAGGCUGUGUAGGGAUUGUUAUUAGUGCUAUGAAUCCCACAUAGCAUAGUAAUAGCGUUAUUUAAUCAAGGGUUGUUUAUUCGAUUUGCGUAUCAGUUAUUUUAUUAUAUCAUAUAGGGAUUAGACAGCAUCAUACCAGAGGAAGCAACGACUCUUCCCACUACAUUACGAGUAAUAUGAUUAAAUAUACGAUAACGUUCAAUGAUGACACGUAUAUUCAACAAUAAUCU